ACCCAAAGGGGGCGGGGCCGGGGCCAAGGGGCGUGGCUUUCCUCUCUCCCUCUUUGCGCAUGCGUGCUUCAUUGUGACGGCGCUGAGGGGAGAAGGAGAGCGCGUCAUUGAGACGACGCUGAGAAAGGGAAGGAGGGAGUGCGCAUGCGUGCUUCAUUGUGAGCGCUGAGGGGAGAAGGAGAGGGCGCGUCAUUGAGAACGCUGAGGAGAGGGAACGAGAGAGUGCGCAUGCGUGUUUCAUUGUGACGGCGCUGAGGAGAGACGGAGGGAGGGAGUGCGCAUGCGUGUUUUAUUGUGACGGCGCUGAGGAGAGGGAAGGAGGGAGUGCGCAUGCGUACUUCAUCGUGACGGCGCUGAGGAGAGCGUGAAGGAGGGAGUGCGCAUGCGUGCUUCAUUGUGACGGCGCUGAGGCGAGAGUGAGGGAGGGAGUGCGCAUGCGUACUUCAUUGUGACGGCGCUGAGGCGAGUGAGGGAGGGAGUGCGCAUGCGUGCUUCAUUGUGACGGCGCUGAGGAGAGACUGAGGGUGGGAAUGCGCAUGCGUACUUCAUUGUGACGGCGCUGAGGGAAGCGUGAAGGAGGGAGUGCGCAUGCGUACUUCAUUGUGACGGCGCUGAGGCGAGAGUGAGGGAGGGAGUGCGCAUGCGUGCUUCAUUGUGACGGCGCUGAGGCGAGACUGAGGGUGGGAAUGCGCAUGCGUACGUCAUUGUGACGGCGCUGAGGGGAGCGGGAAGGAGGGAUUGCGCAUGCUCGCGGGCAUGGACGCCUACUGCCUCCCCCUCCCUUCCUCUUCCGCCUUGCCUUCCCUUCCCCUCAUAAAGGCCUCGGAAGCGGACGUCCGGAAAGGGAGGAAGAGGAAGAGGAAGCUGAGGAGGAAGAGGAAGAGGAGCAAGAAGCCCCGCCUCUCUCCCUCAGCUAGGCCCAACCGCUCCUGGUGCGGGGGGUGGGGCCGAGGCGGCGCCCCGCUCCCGGAUUGGCCCUCAUUUUGAGUGACAGGGCGGCGAGGAGGAGGAGCCAGCGGCGGGGCCGAUGCUGCUUCUGAGCCAAUAGGAGGCCGGCCCGCUCCUGCCAGAAGCCACGCCCUCAAGAGCGGCCUAUGGCCCCGCCCUCCUCAAGGAUGAAGAAGAGAAAGUGGAAAAAGAAGAAGAAGAGAAAAAAGAAGAAUAGAAGGAAAUUGUCUACAAAGGAGGGAAAAAGGGAAAUUGAGCCAAGAUGAGAGCACAAAUCGAGGUCAUUCCCUGCAAGAUUUGCGGGGAUAAAUCGUCCGGGAUCCAUUAUGGAGUGAUCACCUGCGAAGGAUGCAAAGGCUUCUUCCGCCGGAGCCAGCAGAACAACGCCACGUAUUCCUGCUCCCGACAGCGCAACUGCCUCAUCGACCGGACCAACCGCAACCGGUGCCAGCACUGCCGCCUGCAGAAAUGCCUGGCGCUGGGCAUGUCGCGCGACGCGGUCAAAUUCGGCCGGAUGUCCAAGAAACAGCGGGACAGCCUCUACGCCGAGGUCCAGAAGCACCAGCAGAGCCAGGAACAUGGCGGGGGCAAUGGUCACGGAGACGCCACGGAUGACCCGGAGCCGCUUUCUCGGGGCUACUCCACCAGUGUCAGCAGCGGACUCUCCGACCUGGACGACAUCUCCAUGCUCUCCGACGGCUUCCUCUUCGACUUCCCCUUGACCCCGGACAACAACGGGAGCGGCGGCGGCUACUACAACCUCGACCUCCUGACCUCGGCUCAACCCUCCCCAGACCAGUCCAGUCUAGACCUCAGCGAGGCCAAGCUCCUCAAGCAGGAGUCGCUCUACGAGCUGAUGCUGGAGCCGUGGCUCUUUUGCGGAGGGGCCUUCGAAGGCGGGUCCUUGGCCUCGGAUGUCUCGGCCGCAGAGAUCGAGCGCCUCACCCAGAACGUGGUCAAGUCACACGUGGAGACGUCGCAAUACACCGCCGAGGAGUUGAAGCGGCUGGUGUGGACGCUGUACUCACAAGAGGAAAUCAGAAACAUGCAGAACAAGAGCUGCGAGGCCAUGUGGCAGGAGUGCGCGGUCCAGCUCUCCAACGCCAUCCAGUACAUCGUGGAGUUCGCCAAGCGCAUCGACGGCUUCAUGGAGCUCUGCCAGAACGACCAGAUCAUCCUCCUCAAAGCGGGCUGCUUGGAGGUGCUCCUCAUCCGGAUGAUCCGGGCCUUCAACCCCUUGAACAACACGGUGCUCUUUGCCGGGAAAUACGGCGGGAUGCAGAUGUUCAAGGCCUUGGGCUGCGACGACCUUAUCGAUUCUGUUUUCGACUUGGGGAAGAACCUGUGCCGGCUCCAGCUUUCGGACGAGGAGAUUGCGUUGUUCACGGCCACGGUGCUGCUUUCCCCAGAUCGGCCCUGGCUUUCCGAGUCGAAGAAAGUGCAAAAGCUGCAGGACAAGAUCUACUUGGCUCUGCAGCAGGAGAUCCAGAAGAAAAACGCCAGCGAAGACAGGCUUUCCAAGAUGGUCUCCAAGCUGCCCGUGAUGAAGACCAUCUGCCGCCUUCACCUGGACAAGCUGGCCUUCUUCCGCCUGGUCCACCCGGAGACGGCCACAGACUUCCCUCCGCUCUACAAGGAGGUCUUCAACACCGAGCUCCACUACGGCGGCAGCGAGAGCUAAGGCUCAGCAAUUCCGGGGAGCGAGAUGGACCAAAUCCGGCAAAGUCAGGCCCGGAAAUUAUAAAAAAACAAGGUCUUUCCCGAUUUGGGAUUACCUUGCCUGCCGUUGAAUGUAAACGCAUCUUGGGAACGUACGCAAUAUCAGG